GUGGGUAACUAAUCCCCGUGUGCGCCGCGGGGAGAGGCUGCUCAGUGCUGCGCCCGCUCCAGCACAGCCCCUGCUCCAAACCCGGCUCCCUCUGCUCGCCCCGUUGGGACCUCAAGGUGCUGAUGGCGACGAUGUCGAUGCAGCUGGGCGGGCUGGUGCUGGCCGUGCUGGGCUGGCUGGGCUCCAUCCUCACCUGCGCGCUGCCCAUGUGGAAGGUGACGGCCUUCAUCGGUUACAACAUCGUGGUGGCCCAGGUCUUCUGGGAAGGGCUGUGGAUGAACUGCGUCUACGAGAGCACGGGGCAGAUGCAGUGCAAGGCGUACGACUCCCUGCUGGACCUCACCUCCGACCUGCAGGCCGCCCGCGCGCUGGUGGUCACCUCCAUCAUCGUGGCCUUCCUCGGCCUCCUCACCGCCAUCUCAGGGGCCGACUGCACGCGCUGCAUGGAGGACAAGAGCUCCAAGGGCCGCGUUUCCAUCGUGGCGGGGGCCAUCUUCGUGCUGGCCGGCAUCGUGCUGCUCAUCCCCGUCUCCUGGUCUGCCAACAGCAUCGUCACCAACUUCUACAACCCCAUGGUGCCCGAGGCCCUCAAGAGAGAGCUGGGGGCUGCCCUGUACAUUGGGUGGGCCUCCAGUGCCCUGCAGCUGCUGGGUGGGGGUAUCCUGUGCUGCUCGGGGCCGCCCGUGGAGCAGGACCACUACCCCAAGUCAUACCGUGCGGUGAAGGGCUGUGGCCCCAUGGGCUACCCCAUGAAGGACUACGUGUGAGCUGCCCCAGCUGGGCACUGGCCCAUGGGCACACCAACACGGUCCCUAUCCCCCUGACGUCCCACAUCUCCUGCCUGCACACCAUGUCCCCAUGCCAGCUGUGUCCCCCCCUGCUUUGUCCUUCCCACAGGCUGGUGACAGUGUGUGGCCCCAUCCUGCUGCCUUCCUGGGGCACUGCUGCUGCUCCCAGCUCUAUAAAGGUCUUGGUGCCACUAAG